AUGUCGAAAGGAGAAUUAAUCAAAGUUAAAUUGAUCUCAUCGAUUGAUCUGAUUAGAAAUGAAGAUGCUAAACUUUUAAGAAUGCCGUAUUGUGUUUGUACGUAUGCAUCGCAAUCUGCCAAACAUAAAAUGAAAUCUCAUUUACUACUUGGCGAUGUAAUACGAGUUUUAUAUUUGUUACUUACAAAUCGUAAACACCAGAUGAUUUCUUUGCAAGUAUUAAAACACUGUUGGCUAUUUUGUCGUCGAGUUCCUCUAGCUGAUAUACGUCUUUUUACAUUGAGUGGUGGUUUAUCAUCACGAAACUCUGCUCGUCGGUCUCAGUAUCCAUUGGUAAUUUCAGAGUCACCACCACUAUUUGUUGUCCGAUGGUCCUCUGACAGUUUGUUGAAGCGGACACUAGACAUUGCUUGUAGCUGUCUACCACGUAACCGAUUCUGGUACAACUGUUGUCCAGAAAGACUUCUGCAGGCAUUAUCACGUUUAAUAUUCAGACCUGAUGCGAAAAAGUACAUUUUAAAUAUGUCAAAAUAUCUUUCAUCGAAAUGUCAACAGAUUUCAAAUGCUUCUUCUUCAUCGUCAGCAGCAUCAUUAGAUGUGUUGUCGGAUCGAAACGAUCGUGAUGAUGGUGAUGAUGCUUUUGAGUUACCUACACCUAAUCCGGUGGAUGAUAAUAUGCGUGAAAGAAAUUUACACGUGGAAUUGUGCAACUGUCUUCCUGAGUCAGUUUCGUGUUUCCUGAGAAGGAAGGUCGGCCUAGAUUUCCACCACAUUGCGUCUUUCGGAUUUCUAAUAGGCUCUUUUCAUAAUACAUGCUUACAAGUUCUGAGUGAGGCUAAGAAGACUCCAGGUUGUAAUUCAAAUGCUAAAGUAAACAAGAGUGUCUCCUUGAAUCUAUUCAGUAGUAUGGAAUGUCUACAUCGAGGUAUAUCUGUUUGUUUGUGGCGAUUAUGUGAUUCGUAUGCAUCACUUAUGUCAGCUGGUGCUUGUUUGAAGGCGAGGCAUAAACUCGCGAAUACAGACAGCAAUUCUGUUCAAUCACGUUCUUCUAUGCGGCUGGCUCAUAAACGAGCUCGUCUUUUUGAAUCGGAAUCAUGUGCACGAGAUAACAUUAUUCGUAUAUUAGCAGAAGAGGUUUGCGUUCCUCUCCGUAAUGUGUUAAAUUUCCUGGAGAAAAUGUACCACACGUUGUGUAGUAUAACAUCGAGUGAUUUCUUGCUUAGCCCUUUCUUUGGUUGUGACAACAAGGAUACUAGUUUACUGCCUUCAAAACAGUGUGUAUUCGAUUCCAUUGUAUAUACACGAGGACUUGUUAACUUGAAUACGUCAUCAAGAGAGCAGCGGGAUUUUGAGACGUUUACGAAUAUUGCUUUCUUCUUACUCAAGUAUCUCACCACCGAUGUCUUCGGACAUAUUCGUGGUCUGUGUGAAAGUGUGUUUUCGUUCAAAGAGGAGUUAUCAAAGACUUAUUCCUCCAUAGUGGAGACUUGGGUGCCAGCAUACAAAGAGCAGCUUUCCUCUGUUAGUCCACGUGCUGAUGUUGAUUUGAAGUAUCUCUUCUCCUCUCUGCAUAGUCAGUAUGAUGCAAUUGAAGCUUGGAGUCGACGUCAACGUGAGGUAGAAUUGAAGCAGAUCAGUAGGACUAUGAUUAACAUGCUAAGACAACUUUAUGAUUGUUGGAAAUGUCGGUCUCUGUGUGACGAUUUAAAGUUACCAUGCCGUCGUUUAAAUAUUCCAUAUGGUUCAAAAAAUGGUUCAUCCCGGUCUGUGUUGAAUAAGUUCAAUGUGAAUGCUAUAUCGCCAUGGCCACCGCAAUACUUAACUUUUGUUCCAGCCGAACAUCCUAUUCAAGGAAACUCAGUCAGUGAUCUAAGUAAAACUGUUUGUCCGACAUGCGGUGAUUCGGUGGAAGACUUUGCUUAUUCGAAAGGGACAUUAAGGAAGACGUUGAAAUCUACGGUAAUCACAGUGAUUACUCCAAAAGUCAGUAGCAGCAGUAGUAGUCAAAGUGAAAGGCGUAUUUCACGUGAUGAGGUCGAUGAUGCUAAUGCAAGACUGAUCAGUGAUGGGUGUGCUGGAGUGAAAUCUUCCAUAUCACACUCCGUUAAUCCGUGUUCCCCUAAUAUAAUUCCUCAGAAAAGAUUACUUAUUACUGUUAAGCAAACAAGUUCAAAGAAUGUUACAAGUAUGUCACCGAACACCUCCUCAUCUUUAGAUUCUAAUUCUCUUCGAACCACAGAGGUGAUAAAUUCGUCAGAAUCUUCUGUUUCGGUGAAUGAAAGUACUACUGAUAAGUCAGAAGUGAAUUCUUUAAAGUUAGUUACUGAGAUUGUUGUGGAUUAUGUGUCAUCACUUGAGAGCUUUUCAAAUCCCUUAUCAUCAGGAAAUGCUUGUAAUAAUAGUCCUACUGAAGUUGAUGUCACGUGCAGAGAAAAGGGAUCUGUUAGAAAUUCAUAUGAUUGUGAGAGAGAAGUUAACGGUAGCCAGUGUUCUCCUCAACCGGUUCAGGUGUGCAGUUCUGUGGUGUCAAAAGACAGUGAUACGUCAUCGGUCGUCACUAGUGUAAGUGAUUCAUAUGGAAGUGCUUCGGUUAGUGUAACUGGAACAACCUUAUGUACUCAUUCGGAAAUCUUUUCAUUCAUACCGAAUAAACUAUCAGACAGUCUUAUGUUGGUCUCAACACAUAGUGAAUGUAAUGAAUCUGAGGCGCCGUCUGUCCCAUCAAACGUUGAUGUGGACGGACUAUCUUGUGUGUGCUUUACAAGCGAUAAUGUUGAGAAUAUGUCUUCACAGCCUAACACAACUGAACUUACGGAAGAUGUUGACGUCACUUCAAAUAAUUCUGUUCCUUCGUCUAAUUCUGAUGGGAUUCCAGAAAGCCCAGGUGCUUCCACAAACAAUCGCAGUUCACCUUUGAAGGAUUCGAGUUGCCAAGAUGAUCUUGAUGAAGAGUCGACAUAUUCUAUUGUGGGCAAUUCUGAUGGGAUAUCAGAAAGUGGACCCCAGUUAUCAUCUGUUAGUACCGUUGUCUCAAUAAACCGGAAGAAGGAAAAGUCAAUAAAGAAGGUGUGCAUUUAUUUACCUAGUAAUAUUGUUGCUAACUCUCCUACUGAGAAUAUUGUCUGUCAAUGUAGUGGUGCGGAAGCGCAUUCACACUCUGAUCAGGUGAACAGUUGUACAAUGACUCUUGAUAGACGGCGAGUUAGGAAAUUGAAACGGAAGCUGAGGAAAUUGAACCAUUUACCUGCAGCUGGAACGAAUACUUCUGAAAUCUCAGAAACGAAUUCCACCUCACUAAUUGAAAGUCCCUUGUGCUCGUUUGCGUCAACUAGCGACAGUCUCUCAUUGACGGAAUUUCCAAAUACUUCACAUAAUUUGAGUAAUAUCCAUGUGGAACAACCGUUAAGUGAUUUUGUAUCUCUUUCUUGUUGGCUGAAAGAGAAAUCUCUGAAUUCUAAAGCUCCCGGACCAGUAACGGCUUCUGUAUUAGGACUGUCUGCGUCCCCACUUUCAAUUAUAUCAAUUGACCUGACUUCUGAUGAAUAGAAUCUCA